AUGCCGAAGGACGCGGUAGUCAUCAUUCGCUAUGGGCCGUACAGUGCAGUCGGCCUAUCUGUGGAGUACCGCACCUUCCGUCUAGAGGGCCUACAAGCUGUGUUGACCAGAGAUGGACACAAGGUCAUCCUAGAGAAGAUAGAAGACUGGAAUGUGGUGGAACUCAUGGUGAACGAAGAAAUUGUCUUCCACUGUAACAUCCAAGACUUGGAGUUCGGAGGUGAUGGCAAACUAGACCCUCUGUGUGAAGAGGCCAGGAUAGCCGUCCUAAAUGCCUACUGA